CAGUCAUAGAAACGUAAACAAUGGCUCCUUGUUUAGCCGCGCAGUAGAUACAAGCCAAGAAGCUGAAAAUAGUCGUGAAAUUGAAGGAAAUAGCGAGAAAUUGAAGGAAACAGGAAGGCGGAAGGAGGGAGAUGAGUUAACAUGGCGCCAAAAUCAGAAAUGGACUUCAAGACUGGAAAUAUUUGCAGAAUAUAUGUGAAGGACUUUUUGACAUUUAAUGAGGUGGAGGUGCGCCCCAAGCCACGUCUAAACCUCAUCUGUGGCCCCAAUGGCUCAGGAAAGUCCAGUAUAUUGAGUGCAAUCUGUCUGUGUCUUGGUGGGAAAGCGCAGGUGAUGGGUCGCAGCAAAGAGGUGUUCGAUUAUGUCAAGGUUGGCAAGCCUGAGGCCAUCCUGGAGGUGGAGCUGUUUGUGCAGAACCAAAUCAACGUGGUCCUAACUCACAAGAUCAGCUCAGCCACCAGGAAACGUGCGUGGUUUAUGCAAGGGAAGGAGGUCACACACAAGACGGCCAUGACACGGAUUGAGGAGUUGAAUAUACAAGUGGAUAAUCUAUGCCAGUUUUUGCCGCAAGACCGCGUGGUGGCUUUUGCGAAAAUGAAUCGGCAAGAGCUGCUGGUUGCCACUGAGAAGGCUGUGGGGGACCCAUCUCUGCACAGCGACCACCAGAUGCUGUGUUGCAGUGGCCAGCUGCUGUUGAAGAUGCAGAACAAGAUUAAAAGAAUUGAAAAGUGUAUUGCACAGGCUGAGAGGAGAUCUGUCAGGUUGAAGGAUGUGGUUGACAACAUUGAGGUGAAACAGAAGCUGGAGAAGGAAUUGGAAGACCUUAAGACACAACAAGCUUGGUACAUGUACGAUCUGAAGAGAAAGAUCCACCAGCAGCACAAGGAGAAGGUGGACGAGGCAGUGCAAGAGCUUAUCACCCUAAAGGAAAGAAUGAACCCAACUAUACAGAAAAUUAAGGAAAAGAGUGCCGUUCUUACUCAAACUAAGAAGAUUGUGCAUUCCAGGACACAGCUCAUCCGCAAGAACCAGGAUACCAAUGAGACCCUGAGGGCGCAGAGUGACAACCUGGCGGACAAAGUGAAGGACGCCUGCCGUCAUUUUGCUGCUCAGGAGACAGAGGAGCAAGAGAGGCGGACAGAAUUGAAGGAUUAUCAAAGACAGCUGGAUGUUCUACUGGGUCAGCUGCAGAACCUUCCGGAGAUGAAUGAGAAGGAGGUGGCUCAAAGACUCAAGGAACUGACAGACAAGAUCCACAAGUCGUCACAGAAGAUUGUGCACCUGCAGGGUGAGACAGCAGAGGUCGGCCGGGCCAUGGAGCAAAAGAAGGGGCUUAUACAGGCUCAUAAAAAAGAAUUGUUGAUUUUGCAGGACGUGACAGGACAGAGGAUGCAAAUGUUACGUUCAUACAAUAAGGACGCAUUCAGGGCAACACAGUGGCUUCAGAACAACAGGGACUCGUUUAACGGCCUCAUCUACCCCCCAAUCUGUGCCCUGCUGAAUGUGAAGAACCAGCAAUACGCUUGUUACGUGGAGAACCGCAUCAUGGAGAGGGAUCUGGUAGCCUUCGUAUGCGAGGACAAGGAUGACGUGAACCGCCUCAAGGACGAAAUGGACCGCCUGAAGAUGUGCGUAAAUAUCGUGUAUUCAAACCCAGCUGUUCUCACUAAUUACAAGCCACCACUGCCCAUCCAACAGCUCAGGAAGUAUGGAUUUGAGACAUACAUGCUGGACUGCGUUGAGGCGCCCCCAGCUGUUCUAUCCUUCCUGUGUCAGAAUUACAGCCUACACAGAAUCCCCAUUGGCAGAGCUGGCGACUAUGAUGCAGUGCCCCUUGAAAUAUCCAUCUUCUAUUUGGACAAGCAUCGGUACUCGCACAUUGCUUCUCGGUACGACGGCCAGGUGUCCACCAGCAUCUUUCCUGUCGGGGGAACAAAACUGCUGCAGAUCAUCCUGGACCAAGAUAAGAUUACUGAACUGAAGGGAAAUAUUGAAAGAUUGGAAAUUGAAACCAGUGAGGAAGAGGAGCAGUUGAAGGGCUUAAGGGAAGAGGAAGGGCAGCUGUCGAAGAGUCUGGAGGCUUGGAGAAAUGAAAAAAGAGCUCUGUCAUCGCGCAAGGAGGAAAGACGCAUGUUGGCUCAGCGGAUCGGCAACAAGAAGGAUCAGAUUGAACAACAUGAGAACAAGGCUAUUGAUCUUGUUGCUGCUCGGGCGGCCAUGACAGCUGUGGUGCAGACCUGCAUUCGAGACCAGAUGAAGGUGUUACAGCAGCUGCGGGUAAACAUGGAGGCAGCUGGCCAGGGUGUAUGUGGGUGUCUCCGCGCUGAGGGAAAGGCUAAGGUGCUGCACGCUGAGGUUACAGUCCUUGAGAACAGCGCCAGGGUUUGGAAGGAGAAAAUAAAAGAUAUAGAGAAAAAGAGCAACGCGAUGAAAAUGGAACUGGAAAAUCAGAAGUUAGAAGGUCGUGAUGCGCUUAACAACCUCAAGCAGCUGUUAGGCAUCGUUAGCAUCAAGGAGAUCACUGAUGAGAUUCGAGAUAGAUUCCAAAAUUCAUCGCUGGAGGAAACCGAAACUCAUUUAGCUGACAAGAAUGCUCAGUUGUCCUGCCUCACCACUGCAUCUGCCAGCGAAAUCCGAGAAUACCAGGAAAGUCAAAAGCAUCUGGCUCGGCUGAGAGACUCACUUCAGGAGCUGCAGCGUAAGGUGAACUCGCACCUCUUGGACCUGCAGGAAGUGAAGAACAGGUGGCUCCCUCACAUGACCCGUUUGGUUGCGAACAUCAGCGACAGGUUCUCGGACUUCAUGGCGCAGAUGGGCUAUGCUGGUGAAGUUGGUUUGAUUGAAAAGGACGAGGAUUUUGACAGUUACGGCAUCGACAUUAAGGUGAAAUUUCGAGAUGAACAGCCGUUGCAGCAGUUAACAGCACAACAUCAAAGCGGUGGAGAGAGAGCGGUAUCGACAGCUCUUUAUUUACUGGCCCUGCAGAGCCUCACAGCUGCCCCCUUCAGAUGUGUUGAUGAGAUUAACCAGGGCAUGGACAAGAUAAAUGAAAGGAAAAUUCUGGAGAUGUUGAUGGAAACUGAGAAGAGUCAAGAAUGCAGCCAGUACUUUUUUGUCACCCCCAAACUGCUGCAGAACCUGGAUUACAAGGGACACGUCAACAUAAUGGUGGUGCUGAAUUCACCAACCACCCUGAGUCACCGUCGCUUCACCAUCAAACGAAUUCUUAAACGUAAGGAAGAAAUUGAGAGGCGUAGGAGCAAGAAGAAGGGUACGAAGGGUGUCUAGGGUGAUGAGGAAGGGUGCACAGAUGGUGAACAGGGUGAGGGAGUGAGAAAUGCUGUUUUUUUUUUUUUUUUUUUUUUAGAUUAAAGUGUUUUGGUUAAUUUUUUUGAGUUUCUGAGAGAGAGAGAGAGAGAGAGAGAGGGUGAUUUUUUUCAAACUUUGUAAAAAAAAAUAGAUAACAAAAAAACUCAUUAUUAUUAUUAUUAUUAUUGUUAUUAUUAUUAAAAGGAAAAUAAAUAACUUGCUUUUCUUAAAGGAACCAAAAUAUCAGUUUGUACUUAUUAUUAUUAUUAUUAUCAUUAUUAUUAUUAUAUUUUUAAGCAAGAAAAUAAACUGAUUGCACAUUGAA